AUGCGCGCGGCCCCCGCCCCCGAGCCGCCGGUGUCCCCUUCGAAAGAGGCAACAUCUGGGGAUACCCGGCCCGGGGCGGUUGAGGAGCGGCCGCGGGCCGUUUCUGGAGCCGGGCCGAGCGCUGACAGCCGCGUGUCGCCGGCAGGGAAGGCGCAGCAGGGCCUGACGGAGCGCUACCGGGUGGGCUCGCUGCUGGGGCACGGCGGCUUCGGCAGCGUGUUCGCGGCGACGCGGCUCUCGGACGGCGCCCCGGUGGCCAUCAAACGGGUGCCACGGAACCGCAUCCGUCAUUGGGGCGAGCUGCCCAACGGCACCAGCGCACCACUCGAGGUCGUGCUGCUGGACAAGGUGUCCACCGGCUUCCCUGGUGUGGUGCAGCUCCUCGAGUGGCUCGAGCUCCCCAACAACGUGGUGCUGGUGAUGGAGCGGCCGGAGCACUCUCAGGACCUGCUUCGUUUUAUUCGAGAGCGGGGCUUCCUGUCAGAGGAGGUGGCACGGGAGCUCUUCCGCCAGGUCCUGGAGGCCGUGCGGCACUGCACCAGCUGCGGGGUCCUUCACAGGGACCUGAAACCAGAGAACAUCCUGGUUGACCUGGCCACCGGCCAGGCCAAAUUGAUUGACUUUGGCUGCGGCACCCACCUGCAAGACACAGCCUACACCCGCUUUGCAGGAACACCAUCGUACAGCCCCCCGGAAUGGAACCACUUUGGCUGGUACUACGGCGAGGCAGCUACCGUCUGGUCCCUGGGCAUCGUGCUGCACCAGAUGGUCUGCGGGCAGCACCCGUUCCCGAAGGGCCGGAACAUCAGCUGGGGCCAGCUGUCGCUCCCACAACGGCUCUCUCAAGACUGCAAGGAACUCAUCAGAUGGUGUCUGUCCCUGCACUCCUUGGACAGGCCCUCAUUAGAAGACCUGUCGUGUGAUCCUUGGCUGCAGGAUAUUCACCAUCCGUAGAAGAAGGGAGAGAGCCACAGGCACACUUUGAUCCAGGGAGCCGCCGCAGGGAAGAAGGAGCCCCUGGAGAAGCUGUGCCAGGUGGGGCUGCUGCGUCUGGAGACAUGGAGGACGACGUCAAGGAUGACGAGCUCUUCCUCGACCUGGCCACCGGCAAGCUGAAGAUGAUGGGCUUUGAUUCUGGCACCUUCUUCAAAGCCAGGCUCCACAGCGAAUUUACAGAUGAGUCCACACCCAGGGGGAUGCUCCCAGAUUUGGGCAUUGCACGGCCUGGCCGGGAAGCAAAGGUUCCCCCCUUUGCUGGGGCGGAUGCAACUAAUUCUUCAGCCGGCUGCCAAGCUGCUUUUCGGCGGGGCGGGCGGGAUGGGCUGGGGUGCUUACGAAAUGGGAGUCGGCCCUUGGCCCUGCCAACAGCCCCCACCACCCACUGUUCCCCGGGCUGGGGCUGGGGCUGGGGCUGGGGCAGCCAGCCCGACACAAACAAGCCCCCAUGGCAGGAGCAGAGGUGGCGCUCCAGGAGCUGUGCACGGGCUGCUUUGUUUUGCGGGAAAGGAAGGGCUCGGGCUGCUCCACUCCCCUUGUUUGCUUCGGGCUCGCCGUGCCUGUUGGGGGGCAGUGCAGGGGGGAAGGGAGAAAGCGUGGGCUUCUCUCGCCCGUGGGUGGGAUUUUCCCCAGCAUGUAGGGAAGGUUGGGCCUUCCUCAGGCCCCCGAGAGAGAGAAGAUUUUUGACCUUUUUCCUUGUUUCUCCUUUUGGUCUGUAAUCCCUUUUCAUUAAUUUGUUGUUUGUUUUUCUUCAAGGAAGCGUUGUAGGUGGUGUCCAGUCUGGAUCGGGAAGUGCUUGGGACCAGCUGCGGCGUGGAUGGGACGUGGCCUUGGAGAAGGCCGAGGACAUCGCUUGGGAGCAGCUUUUCUUCCGGCGGCAGGUGGCGUGCGGUGGGUCCC